AUAGAGGGCGGUAUAUAUCAGUAAGGCAUUUUUUAGCGUAAAAAGGGGGUUAAAAACAACAACAUUAGCUUAGUAAAUAAUAUUUAUAUUAAAAUUACGAAAAAACAAACUCAUAUUUGCCUCAAUAUAUUUAUUGUUGUUAAUAUUUCUAUAAAUUUCUCUCUAAUGUGUACCUGUCUUAUCCGAAGAAGUGAAAAGAGAAGAAUAGAAUUUAUAUAAAAAGAAGAAUAGAUUAGCAGAUAAAGAAUUUAUCUGAAUUUACGUUUAUAAAAUUUUAAUAAAAAAAUGGCGUUAGGUACUGCACUAGCAACAUCAGUAGCGGCCUUAUCACUUGUGAGUUUGAAAUUAUACAUAAAACUAUCUACGGGAAUGUGCCAUAGUCAAGUAUGUUUGGUAGGGAAAACUGCAAUUGUAACAGGAGCUAACACAGGUAUUGGCUAUGAAACCGCUUUGGAUUUUGCAAAACGAGGAGCUAGGGUAAUCUUAGCUUGCAGAGAUGAAACCAAAGCAAAAGAAGCUUAUAACAAGAUAAUUGCAGAGACCAAUAACUCAAAUGUUGUUUAUAAAUUGGUAGAUUUGACUAGUUUUGAUUCUGUUAGAAAAUUUGCUCAUGAUAUUAAUGCAAAUGAAGACAGAUUGGAUAUUUUGGUCAACAAUGCAGGUGCCGGAAGAUUGGGUAACAAGACAACUGUUGAUGGUAUUUCAAUAACGAUGCAAACAAAUUAUUUUUCACAUUUUCUAUUAACCAUCCUAUUAUUAGAUCUAAUGAAGAAAUAUCCUAGUCGGAUUGUGAAUGUUUCCGCAAUAGGGGCAAAACUUGGACGCAUUGAUUUUGCCAAAUUAACAUCUUUCACCAACGAAUCUAACCAAUACAUUACCUCUAAACUUUGUCAAAUCUUAUUCACUAUAGAACUCGCUAAUAGACUUAAAAAUACAAAUAUUACUGCUUAUUCUCUCCACCCUGGAGUGAUAAAGACAGAAAUUUUUAGAAACAUGUCUCCGGCAAUAAGAUGGAUAAUUUUGUUCUUAAUUGACACAUUUUUUAAAACAGCAACCGAAGGUGCCCAAACACAAAUCUAUUGUGCCAUAGAAAAUGGUUUGGAAAAAUACAGUGGGCAGCAUUUCCAUGAUUGCAAAAUGGUUAAAAGGUACAAGAGUGCCGAUGACCCAGCUUUGGCUAAGAAACUUUGGGAAGAAAGUGAACGAAUAUGCAAAGUUAAUGGAGUUUCUUACAAUUAAUUGAGAAUAUCUCAAAUUUAAUUAUAUUCAGAUUAACUUUUAGUACAAAUAUUGCCAUUUGCAUCAUAUUCUAAGGUAAUAAUUUCAUUUCUUGGCACCCUUUACAGACAUCUGUUCAAUUGCGAGUCAAAAAAACAUUGUUAUUUUUUUUGUUCUAUUUCUAAUACAAAUCGUUUUAAAAUUUGUAUACAAUAGAUAUAAGUUGUAAUUAAUUUACAUAAAACACAAAUUAAUUUAAAUCAA